AGCACAUGGACAGCAGUAUAAAAGUUCAUGCUGGGAGCAGUAGGCUCUUCACUGAGCACUGAACAGGCUUCCACCAAGAGACACAUACAACAGAUAAUUGCCACCCGCCACUAUGAUGUACUUGUUGAAAUCAAUUGGAGUAUCCCUCAUCCUGUCCAUACUUCUGUACAUGGCAGAUUCUUAUCCAAACAGUGACAUGACAAACGUGGGCUGUGAGGAAUGCAAACUGAAGGAGAACAAAGUAUUCUCAAACCCGGGCGCCCCUGUCUACCAGUGUACAGGCUGCUGCUUUUCCAGAGCUUAUCCAACCCCACUGCAGUCUAAGAAAACCAUGUUGGUCCCAAAGAACAUCACCUCUGAAGCCACAUGCUGCGUUGCAAAAGAAGGGAAAAGGGUGGUGGUGGACAACAUCAAGCUGACGAACCACACAGAGUGUUGGUGCAACACCUGUUAUCACCAUAAGUCAUAAACUGUCUGUGAGGCCAGAAAUAUCCUUAUCGCAGAAGUUAAAGCUUAGCAACAGAUACUAGGCGUUUUGCACAACUUAUUCCUUAAGUGUUUUAAGAGAAAUCACAUAUUAAGAGAUCAUUGGCUGCUCUUAAACAAGCAGCCCAAAUCUGAUAUUUUUUCCAUUAAUUGGUCUUUUGACCAAACACGUCAACUCUUUUCACAUCAGAUAUUUUUCCAGAGUUGAUCUGAUUAAUCAAAAGACCAAUUAGUGAAAAAAAUAUCAGAAUUGGGCUGCCUGCCUAAACCCAGCCAAUGUCAUCCACAAAAGGUGAUAGUCUGCUGAGAAUAUUUAUAGUGCUCUUAAUAUAUUACUGUCACAAUUAUGAAGUUGUAUUCCUGUAGCUUACUGUGUUGAUCAAAUGUAGACUUUACUAUAUGAAUUGAAUACUGAUUAAAAUGUUUUUCAGUAUUUUACCACA